AGCUAGGUAACAAGCAGUCAGAGAUUCAGGAUCACGACCCAGCUUCGUCAUCUUCCAUCGCGAUCCGCAGUACGAUCAGUCGGUAGCGAGGUCCCGGCGUCAACGGCGAUAUGGACGCGCCGGCCAUGCUCACGCGCAAGCACGUCCCCGAGGACGUCGGCCUCCGCAACGCCGGGGAGGACGAGGCAGGGGCCGGGGGCCAGGGGCAGCUGCACCGCGACGAGAAGCAGCACAAGCCGGUGCUGAAGAAGGUCAAGGAGAAGAUGAAGAAGAUCAAGAACACCCUCGCCGGCCACGGCCACGGCGGCGACGAGCCCGCGGGAGAUGCCGCCGGCAGCACCAGCAGCGAGGAUGGGUCGGAGGACGCGGCGGAGAGGGAGGCCGCUGUGGAGAAGGGCGGGUACAUGGAGGACGUCGAGGACAAGCCCGUCGUCACGGAGUCCGACCCCGAGGUGCACGGCGCCCCGAUGUACGAGUCGGAGCGGGCGCCGGCCGUGCAGGACCUCGUCGCCAAGUACGAUCCGGCGAGGGCACCGGCCGUGCAGGAAAGGGAGGGAGACGGCGCACCCGGGGUGCGGCUCGGCGACCUCGGCGGCCCCGUGGUCGAGGACCCGGCGGCGCCGCGCUCCACGACGCCCGCGGCGCGAGAGGGUGAGGACAUCGGCACGACGCCCGUCGUGCAGCAGUUCGAGACCAUGAACUUGUCCGACGACCCGACACACGUGGGCGCUGGGAAGGAGGACGCCAAGGUGGAGGAGUGGAAGGACACGGCCGCGGACAAGAUGGGCGGCGCGACCUACACGGACAAGCUGAAGAACGCGGCCGCGGGCACCACGGAGUACGGCAAGAAGCUGGCGAGCACGGUGUACGAGAAGGUCGCCGGCGCCGGCGCGGGGAAGCGCGACGAUGAGCGCAUGGAGGCGGCGCCGGCGUCGAACACCGGCACGGAGGAGUUGAAAGACGCCCACGCCACCACGGGCGCGACGAACGGCUCGUCCGGCGCGGGCUACACGGACAAGGUCAGGUCGGCGGCCGCGGGCACCACCGAGUACGGCAAGCAGCUGGCGUCCACCGCGUACGAGAAGGUCGCCGGAGUCGGCGCCGCCGUCGCGCCCAACCUCCGUCCGCAGGUGGGCGCGGGGAAGCCGGACGACGCACGCGGCGAGGCAAUGCCGGUGUCGGACACCGGCGCCGAGGAGUGGCAAGACGCACCCGCGGCGGCCACGGACGCGGCUGGCGGCGGCGCGUCGGGCCCGGGCUACACGGACAAGAUCAAGUCCGCGGCGGCCGGCACCACGGAGUACGGGAAGCAGCUGGCGAGCACCGUGUACGAGAAGGUCGCUGGCGCCGGCACCGCCGUGGCGGGCAAGGUCCAGCAGGCCACGCGGUCGGCCGGCACGGCGACGCCCGGGGUCGGCGCGCAGCAGCAGGACGCGAGCGCCGGCGGGCAGGACAAGGGGGUGACCGUGACGGGGUACAUCGCCAAGAAGCUGCAGCCGGGCGACGAGGACCGCGCGCUCAGCGAGGCGAUCUCCGGCGCCGUGCAGCGCCGCAAGGAGGACGUCGGUGGCACGGUGGCGCAGCGCGUGCCGGCGCCCGGCCAGGUGGUGACCAAGGCGCGCGAGGCCGUCACGUCGCUCACCGGCGGGAACCGCGUCUCCGAGACCGUGCAGCCAAGCACGGCCACAGGGGAGGAGGUGAAGGAAGGCUACGCGGCGGAAGCGCCGGUGAUCCACGGCGAGGAGAUCGGCGACGCGAGGCUGAACACGAAUACAAUGUGAAGUGCGUCGUGAGAGCACGGAUGCUCUGUGUGACUGUCGAUGUGUCGAUACACGUGUGCGAUGUGAUUAGUUCCGUGGGGUCUCGUCUGACGUCUGGAAUAAGCGCACUGGUUGCGCGCUCUGUGGGGUCUUCUCUUCCUGGGUGUACUUUUGGGCUUGGAUUUUUAUUUUUUUUACUCUGUUCAUGUGAUGGUCUCUUGUAAGCAUACAUACGCGUGCCUGUCUGUAAUCUGUUUGUUCAAA